GGGAAUGGGAGGUCGUUAAAGACUAUUUAAUUACGUAUUCAUCUUCCUUAUUUCAAAAAAAAAAAAAAAAUACUUAUCUUCCUCGUCAGAAAUGGAAUGCAAAUUACCAGGACUAACUAUAACAAAUUUUACACCCCUAUUCACAAGGAAAAAUACUAAUUCAAUGUGCAAGUUUUAACUUCUCUGUUUUUGUUCUCUUCGGGCUUCUCCUUUCUCUUUUCUGCAAAAUAAUUAAGCGAUCUCCUGCCCUAAUAAUUCUUUUCCCCCUUCUGUCCACUUCAGCUACAAUGGAUGCAAUGAGAGGACAAGGAGGAAUUCAGAUGCUGUUAUCUGCAGAACAAGAGGCACAACAAAUCGUUACAUCCGCGAAAAAUAACAAAACUGCCAGAUUGAGACAAGCUAAACUAGAAGCUGAGAAUGAAGUAGCCCAAUACCGUGCCCAUUUGGAAGAUGAAUACCAAAAGAGCCUCUCAGAGAAAAGUGGGAGCUCUGAUUCCACGGUGAAGAGGCUUGAAACUGAAACCGAAACCAAAAUCGGGAAUUUGAAGGCAGCUGCGUCGAAAAGUUCGCCAGAUGUUGUUGCAAUGCUCAUGAAAUACAUUGUAACUACGAAGAAUUGAAGUUUGAAGGUGUGAUGAAUGCGCUCAUAAUUAAGAUAGAUUUCUAGAAAAAGAACUUGUUGCUGCUAAGCAAUGCCUUCUGGAUCAGUAGCAAUUUUCUUCUACCUUUCUUCCCAUUCGGCUUGUAAUUUAGGCGCAGAAUAAGAUUUUGUCUAGUUAAUUUAAAAGUGUUGUUCAUUUUCUUAGAAAGCAGGCUUGAUUGAUUCUUAUACAUCUCAUGCUCCCUUCC